AUGAAGGCCAACGUUAUCGCCGCAACCCUCCUCGCCGCCUGUUCGGCUGGCGCUUUCGCUCAACGCGAUGCCAACUUCCCUGGCGGCCCCGAGGCCGCGGAUAGCAAGUUUCCCACCGGUUUCCCUAUCGGUCCCGGCGGCCCCAAGCCCACCGAUGGCAAGUUUCCUACUGGUUUUCCUACUGGUUUUCCUACCGGUUUUCCUACUGGUUUUCCUACCGGUUUUCCUACCGGUUUUCCUACCGGUUUUCCUGCCGGCCCUGGCCGCCCGAAGCCCACAGGCCCACCCGGUGAAGGCUUCCCGGGAUUUCCCCCCCAGGCUCCUGGCGCUGCUCACCCUUCUGGCGGCUUCGGUCACCACUCCGGCUUCCGCGUCCACACCCGCAAGUCUCCCAAGGACGCCGCCGGCCCUGCUGCUCGGGCUGAAGCAACUCCCGCGCCACCCGGCUUCCCCCCCCGCAAGCAUAAGGGUGGGCACAAGCACCACAGUGGUACCAUCCCCGGUGUUGCUCAGCCCACCGGCGGCUUCCAUCAGCGUCCCGGUGGCGCCCCCAAGGCCAAGCCGGCUCGCUCUGCUUAA